GGGAAAUGCUGCAAAGUACUGCACCCGACUACACUACGCCCUACACCGACACCGUCCCGGACGACCGCUCGGCAUACUCGAUGGCGACCGUCCACGACCCGCCCAACUCGCCCAACGCCCGCACCUCCCUCCUUUCUUCCAAUGGCUCCGACGCAGGCUAUGGUGUCGCUACGCCCUCCACGCCCUCAAAUCGUAGACUGAUAUGGAACGCUACGCUGAAGAUGGGCGCGAUAUUCUUCAUUAGCACCGUGCUACUUGGAGGCACCCUCUGGCUCGCCUUGCCUACUUUGGAAGAGCAGGAUAGACCGACGCUCAAAAUCCCAAAGAGCUUUGCGGAACUCCAGGCCCUCAAUGUACUCUUGAAGAAGUACCGUGAUAUUUAUCCUUACAGGAUCGUGAUCUGCUAUGUGAUCACAUACUUCUUCCUUCAAGCCUUCUCGCUACCAGGGUCUAUGUACCUCUCGAUACUGGGCGGCGCCGUCUGGGGUGUCCCACGUGCCCUCCCGCUCGCCUGCGCGUGCGUGGCCACUGGCGCAACACUCUGCUACCUUAUCAGUGCUGCGCUCGGCCCUGCGCUACUCACUAUGCCACGGUGGAAAGCGAAGCUAGAUGUCUGGGGCGACAAGCUGCGCGCGCACAAGGACGACAUGAUCUCCUUCCUCAUCGUUCUGCGCAUUGCCCCCUUCCCGCCGCACUGGGUCGUGAACGUGAUCUGCCCGCACGUUGGGAUCGGGAUUGUCCCGUUCUGGAUCAGCACGUUCCUCGGUAUCCUUGGCGUCACUGUCAUCCACACCACAAUCGGCGGCUCGCUCGACGACAUGACCUCCCCGAAGGACUUCCACCUUAUCUCGUGGAAGAACUUCCUCGGGCUCGCGGCUAUUGUCGUGGGCGUCAUGAUCCCCGUCGGGCUGCGCUACUACUUCAAGCGCGAGAUUGCGACCGUCGCCGACGUCGAGGCUGAGGCUGAGGCGGCUGAAGCUGAGGCGGAGGGUGACCGGCUACUUGCUGAAGGCCCGCGCGCGGACCCCGGGAAGGGCAAGGCGGCGCCGCUCAUCGCGUUCUCAGACGACGAAAGCGAAAUGUACACGGACGACGAGUCGGACGAAGACAUUAUCCUUGAAGCGGGUCCGUCGCUGAUUAUCAAGUACGACGAGAACGAGCACAACGCGACGCCGAAGGCGGAGCCACGACCAGACGCUUCCAACCAAGAGGACCUGUUGUAAUCCGCGGUGCCGGCCCAUCGCAUCCCGCCUUCCUCUUUUCCGCACGUAACGACCUCCGGCCAACUGGCCGUCACGAUCACACCUAUCUAUCUAUUCCAUUGUAGACUGUCUGCGCUCUCGCCCGCCUUCUCCGUGUAUUGUAUGCUAGACAAGGCCCGCCACGCCCGUCCGAAACCGCCUUAUUUCCCCCGCGUGGCCACCUCGUCUUAUCUCCUCCCACCCUUCCUUCACCCCCGUCCCUCCUUCGCCCCUUCCGCCCUUUGCUUCUCCCGCCGGAUAAUCACUGCUUCGACUCGACGGGCCUCGCGCACGCACCGGACACUCCCCUCGUCUCGUCGCCCUCUCC